CAAGUGCCUGUCCCCAGCGCUGGCUCUUGACAUGUGGGAGCCACCGUCUUCAACGGGGUCACCCUUGCUCAGCCAGCCCUGCCCUCCUCGGAGGUGGUGGUUGGGCAGGAAGACUUCCCACUCCCAUCAGCUGUGUCUGCUCACCACGUCAUCCUCUGUCUGCAAGGCCCAGGGUCUGCUGGGUUUGCUAGGACUCCAACUCCACCCCCUCCCAGCAGGUUGCCUCCUCCUCCUGUUCCAUUGCCUGGGAGAUGCUGGCCCAGCCCUUGGGGCGUAGUGUGCACAGGCGUCUCUGUCCUGGCCCUGUCCUUGGGUGGGUGGGAUGUUUAUUGCUGUGUUGGCCCAGAUAUUGUCCUUCUGGGGUGGUGACCCGGCAGGGACGAUCCACCAGCUACUUCCUCCAGGCAGAUGAAGAUGACUGGUGACUGGAUCUGGGCCUGCUGACAGCUCUCUGGACCCCCAUCUCUGCCACUGCAGUUCCUGCAGCUUCCGGGAGGUGUGACCCCACACCCCUGCCCCCUGGGCCACCUGCAGGACGCUGGCCCCUGCCCCUCAGCAGACGCCGGAGAGAGAUGAGUAGCAACAAAGAGCAGCGCUCAGCGGUGUUCGUGAUCCUUUUUGCCCUCAUCACCAUCCUCAUCCUCUACACCUCCAACAGUGCCAACGAAGUCUUUCAUUAUGGCUCCCUGCGGGGCCGUACCCGCCGGCCCGUCAACCUCAAGAAGUGGAGCAUCACCGAUGGCUACAUCCCCAUUCUCGGCAACAAGACUCUGCCCUCCCGGUGCCACCAGUGUGUGAUUGUCACCAGCUCCAGCCACCUACUGGGCACCAAGCUGGGCCCUGAGAUCGAGCGGGCCGAGUGCACAAUCCGCAUGAAUGACGCACCCACCACGGGCUACUCAGCCGACGUGGGCAACAAGACCACCUUCCGCGUAGUGGCUCAUUCCAGCGUAUUCCGUGUGCUGCGGAGGCCCCAGGAGUUCGUCAACCGGACCCCUGAAACCGUGUUCAUCUUCUGGGGUCCCCCAAACAAGAUGCAGAAGCCCCAGGGCAGCCUCGUGCGCGUCAUCCAGCGGGCAGGCCUGGCGUUCCCCAAUAUGGAGGCUUACGCCGUCUCUCUUGGCCGCAUGCGCCAGUUUGAUGACCUCUUCCGGAGUGAGACAGGCAAGGACAGGGAAAAGUCCCACUCGUGGUUGAGCACAGGCUGGUUCACCAUGGUGAUUGCGGUGGAGUUGUGUGACCAUGUGCACGUCUAUGGCAUGGUCCCCCCCGACUACUGCAGCGGCCCCGCCUGCAGCGCAUGCCCUACCACUACUAUGAGCCCAAGGGACCGGACGAGUGUGUCACCUACAUCCAGAAUGAGCACAGCCGCAAGGGCAACCACCACCGCUUCAUCACGGAAAAGAGGGUCUUCUCGUCCUGGGCCCAGCUGUACGGAAUCACCUUCUCCCACCCCUCCUGGACCUAGGCCACCCUGCCUGUGGGACUCUCACAAGGGACACAGGAGAAGUGGGUCUCCGCCCAGCCGCUCGACCAAGGGCCAUCGUCUGGCUAAUCAAGGCUGGUCAGAGUGUCUUCUGGCCAUUCCGGCCUUGAAGAGGAUAUAAUCUCCAGCCGUUCAGGGCCUGGGGGUAUCUCUUGGCCAAUCAGGGAUUUGGGCUUCUAUGUGGUUAAUCGGGUGUCGAGGGUAUUUCUUGUCCAGUCAGGGUCUGAGCAUAGUCAAUCAGGGUAUUUCUGAGUCAUCCGAGGCUAAUGUCGUGUCGUUUCCCAUGAGGCCUUGGUUCAGAGUCUCAGGAUGGACUCUAAAUGACUUCCUAUUGGUUGGGGCAGUGGGGUUCUGUCCCAAGGAGCUGGGAACUCGUGUCGUCCCCUCACUCCCCAGAGCCAGAAAGAGGUUGUGUGGCGGUGGAAGCUGUCUGGAGCCCAGGCAGGGGCAUCUGUGGGAUUCGGGGGGUUCCAGGCGUGGGAGGCAGGUGUCCGGGUCUUGGCUCUGCCGUGAGUGGCCUUGGACAGACCCCUUGCCCCCUCUCUGGGCAUCCUUCUGCCUGUGUCAGGUUCUAGAGUCUGAGAACCCUCCCACCUCCUCCAACGACCACCUUGGGUCUGUCCUCCGUCAAGAUUGGACCCCACCAGCCACCACCCCUUGCCGGGGGGCUCAGCUCUCUGAGGUCUGGGGUUCCCUUCCCCACCUCCUCCUGGAAACUUGAGGAUGUUUUUGCGCAAACUCUCCCAGGCUUUGGGGAACUCUGAAAAGAAGGGACAAGCCUUCAGCUGUUUUCCUAGCCCUUCCACCCAGCUGCCAUUAGCGUGGCUCUUAAAGAGCCAGGCCCCCUUUUCUGCCAUCCAGCAGUGAGGUUUUCCACCUGUUGGAGGAGCCCUUGGGGCUGAGAGAGGGGGGAUCCCAGCCCAACUGAGGUUUCCUGCAGCCCCUUUGUCUGCAGCUGCUGGAGUAGUCCAAGGGUCUCCCCCGGCUGGGCCUGGGAAGGCCCUAGGGGGCUGGGAGCUGUUGCCUGUGUUCUGUCCCCUGUCUCUCCAUCAGGCACUUUAUUGCUGGACUUCAGUGGGGUGGGUUUAAUCCCUGCUCUUCUGGAGUCUUGAAGAGAAGACUGGAGGAGGCUGUGCAAUGGGUCGAGUCAGGUGGAGGAGACGGAGGCCCGCAGUGAGCCAUUGCACACUGGGGCAAGGGGUGGGGGCCGGUGACUACCCUAGACUUGGUUUUGUAAUGAUUUGUACAGGAAUAAACACACCUAAGCUCCG